CGCAACAGGCCAAAUGCUGACUCAUCAUCAUUCAGGUCUGACUCACAGUGAAAGAAUUCUCUUCAAUGAAUCUGUCAAAGCACCUCAUUUCCCGACAAAGAACCUAGUCGAGAAUAACGGGUCAAGUAGAUCGACAUGGCUCACUCCAUCACUUCCCUCGAGACAGGUGCUGCCAUCCGCCCAGCCCGCACGUCCUUCACGGGCCGUACGGUCCGUGUCGAAGCCCUGGCUGAGAAGCAUAUCGACGACCUCUACCACCAUCUCGGCCAGCCAGAACACGCCGCUAUCUGGGACUAUCUCCCCACCGGCCCCUUUCCAGAUAAAAGAGCAUUCUCUGAAUGCCUUACCAGCCUCAUCACCUCUCCAGACAACGUCUUCUACGCCGUCAUCGACCUCGCCCGCAACCAGGCCGUCGGGUACUUCAGUCUCAUGCGCAUCGACCUGCCCAACCGCGUCGUGGAGAUCGGGUGGAUUGUCUUCUCGCCGCUGCUCCAACGGACGACCGCCGCGACCGAGGCUGUUUACUUGGCUGCACGGGCGGUUUUUGAGGAGUUCGGGUUUCGUCGUCUGGAGUGGAAAUGUAAUGAUCUCAACUUGGCGUCUAAGCGAGCUGCGGCGCGCUUUGGCUUCACUCCCGAGGGCCUCUUCCGGCAGCACAUGAUUGUCAAGGGGAAGAAUCGCGAUACAGCUUGGUUCUCAAUCAUCGAUGUGGAGUGGCCGAUUGUGAAAGAUCCGUUCGUCAAGUGGCUGGACCCGUCGAAUUUCGAUGGGAAUGGGCGACAGUUUCGUUCUUUGGAUGCGUUUCGCUAGUAAAGACGGGCUUUUCGCUUCCGAGAAGGAGGAAGAGAGUGGCAGCAGACUGAACCUGCCUCGAGAUCAUGGAGUAGCCAACCAUUCAGGCUAAAUUGUCAUAGUCAGCGAAGAGAGUAUCCAGUGUGGUCCCGGUGGCCACCUGGACAUGGUCAGUGUUUGUCCGUUCUUAUCUCCCGAGCACGAGUUGAUUGUUGUAGAAUAAGUACAUUCA